AUGUCGAUGUCGAUGCUCCCCAACAUGAACGCCACCACUAUGCCAGUGGUGGACACCACCGUCUUCGAAGAGUUGGCCAACCGCUGGCCGAUCGCAGCGACCGCUGUGUUUGCCUGCGUUGUUGCUGUUCUACUCCAGAGCGUUCUCAAGAGUGACCCGUGGGCGGACCUGCCCAUGAUAGGAACAGAAUUCGGAGGAGCCGAGAUUACGAUACUGAGACAGAGCGCGAUCAUCACGACUAAUACCACAUUCUUGCAGUUCAAAGAGAGAGCUUGGAGGAUUACUACGACUAGGGCAUCACCGAACAUUGUCGUCGCCCCCAAGUUCAUGAACGAGCUGAAGAGACUGCCCGAUGACGUUCUCAGCUUUAACAAGGCCAUCGAAGAGUUUAUGCAUGCCAAGUACACCAAGGUCGAGACCGACAUUGAUUUGCUGCCUCACACCGUUAAGAGCAGCUUGACCCCAGCACUUGUGCGAUUGAACCCAAUCAUCGCAGACGAAGUUAUCGAAGCCCUGCGCAUCGAGCUCCCACACUCUGGAGAAUGGACCGAGGUCAAGAUCAUGGACAAGCUCUUGCGUAUUGUCGCCAUGGCAUCUGGACGCGUCUUCAUUGGCCCCGAGCUUUGCCGCGAGGAGGAAUACCUCGAUGCUGCAAUCAACUAUACUGUUGACUUGAUGAAGGCUAUCCGCAAGAUCUCUGACCUCAAGCCAUGGACACGCCGAUUCGUGGCCCCGGGACUGCCAGAGGUGAAGAAGGUCCACGAGCGCAUCGAUGCUGCGGACAAGUUCUUGAGACCUGUAGUCACUGCCAGACGCGAAGCUGCCAAGGAUCCCGACUACCAGAAGCCCUACGACAUGCUGCAGUGGAUCAUGGAUGCGCAGACCAAGUUCGGCGAGAAGGAUGACAAGGAGCUUGCUAGGUAUCAGCUCGGCAUAAGCUUCGCGGCUAUCCAUACCACAACUGUCACCUCUACCAAUGCGUUCUACACGCUAGCGGCCAUGCCCGAACUGAUCCCCAUACUUCGAGAGGACGUGCAACAGGCACUCGCAGAGAGCAACGGUGUCUUCACGAGUCUUGCAAUGCAAAACAUGAAGAAGUUGGACAGCUUUUUGAAGGAGACCAUGAGAUUCUAUGCCCUUGGAUCUACUUCGUUCACGCGCAAGGUUCUGAAGACCUUCACUCUGUCAAAUGGCCAAGUCAUCCCCAAAGGCUCCAUCAUCGAGAUCCCCAUGAUCGGCAUCAACAACGACGACGAGUACUUCCCAGACCACGACAAGUUCGAUGCCCUUCGCUUUUACAAGCUGCGUCAGGCAAAGACGGAGCAAGAUACGGGAACAAAGCAGGCAGAGGUUGUUGCCCUCAACCAGUUCGUCAGUGUCGGUGGCCCCACGAGUCUGACAUUCGGAUUUGGUCGCCACGCAUGCCCGGGUCGCUUCUUUGCUGUAAACGAAAUCAAGAUGAUCAUGGCGACGACCUUGGCGAACUACGACAUCAAGAUGGUCGAAGGUAGCACUGAGAGAUACAAGAACUUGGAUUUCGGGUCUGUGACCCAACCUGAUCCCGACAAGAAGAUCUUGAUGCGCAAGCUGUGA